CUUAGUUGACAAUUUAUUCAACUGAAUGUGCAAUAAAGUCAUUUUUGACGCAAAAAUCGAAGCAAACUUUUUGACUGAUCCAAUAUACAGGGUUUUUCAAAAUUUGUGCCGCGAAAUUGCAUUCUGCAUCAUGACUUGUGAUAAACCCAAAGUUAUAAUAAUAUUCACGUAAAAGAGAAACGUGAAACGCUUUGGUCUUUUUCCACUUAACUUUUCCACUUUAGCGUUUGAUAACAUGACAUACGAGGUCAUUAUCGUUAAAGUGGUGAUGACAGUGGUACGUUUCGUGCGAGUGGUAGUAUGGCGUACAGUGACAUUGUCAGCGAUUGUUAGAAGUUUAUUUGGCCGCAACGGUGACUUGUGAGGUAAAAGAAGUGUCGCGUGAAAGAAAUGUGAUGGAUCUUAAAAUUGUCACAAUAAACAUUCAUCCACGUUAGUGCAACUUUGCCUUUUGGGGAGAGCUGUUGCUACCAUAACCACGAAUAUUCAUAAACACGUAAGGCGAUUGUAUCUAUUAAGCGCAAAUUACAUACGUGGCAAUAGUUAUCGCUAAGAGAUACCGAUUUGUUUUCUGUUGUUAACAAAGCAGCACGUAAGUAACGUCGCGUAAUAUUCGAUUAAUGUAUAAUAGAAUGUAUAAUAGAGUAAUAAACGAUAACGUAAGAUUAUUAUAAGCGAUAAUGAAUAUGAAUAUCACUAUAUAAUGAAUAAAAUAAAAUAAGCAAGUUAAAGAUAACUUUGUAUCUUUUUUCUAAAUUAGUGAGACUAUUAAAUUUUAAUUGAUAAUAAGAAGUGAUGCGAUUAAAAACAAUUAGUGCCAAGAUUGUGAAUUAAUUACAAGGCUUUUAUUCAAGAUUAGGAGUAAAUUUGUCAGGAGAAUGAAAAGAAAUAUCUUUUGUGGUAUAACUGUUGCAGCAUUUGCAGGGAUGCAUGAAAAGAGAAAAAAAUUACAAACCAUGCGUGCUUUAAUACUUGUGGGUGGUUAUGGAACUAGACUGCGACCGCUGACUUUAAGUCGACCUAAGCCACUCGUUGAAUUUGCAAAUAAACCAAUGCUUCUGCACCAGAUUGAAGCACUGGUGCAGACGAAUGUAACGGAGGUGAUAUUAGCGGUUUCCUAUCGAGCGCAGCAAAUGGAGGAAGAAUUGGUUCACGAGGCGAAGAAAUUGGGAGUGCGGCUUAUAUUCUCUCACGAACCGGAGCCAUUGGGUACCGCUGGACCGCUUGCGCUUGCACGCGAAUAUUUAUGUGCCAGUGACGAUCCGUUCUUCGUUCUGAACUCUGACAUUAUCUGCGACUUUCCUUUCAAACAGCUCCUCGAGUUCCAUGAGAAUCAUGGCAAAGAGGGUACUAUAGUUGUUACUAAAGUGGAGGAGCCAUCAAAGUACGGCGUAGUUGUAUACAGAGAGGAUGGGAAAAUAGAAAGUUUCGUCGAGAAGCCGCAGGAAUUUAUAUCUAACAAAAUCAAUGCAGUUUAUGGUGGUGAUGACACAGGUAUGUACAUUCUCAAUCCGAGCGUACUGAACAGAAUAGAACUGAGACCUACGAGCAUCGAGAAAGAAGUUUUUCCAAAUAUGGCUCAGGACGGAGAAUUGUACGCAAUGGAAUUGCCAGGCUUCUGGAUGGAUGUGGGACAACCCAAAGACUUUCUCACAGGAAUGUCAAUGUACCUUGCUUCAUUGAGGCAAAAGCAUCCUGAGCAGCUUCAUUCUGGAUCUGGUAUAGUGGGCAAUGUCUUGAUAGACCCAACGGCCACGAUCGGCAAGGACUGUAGAAUCGGACCGAACGUCACGGUUGGCCCAGGUGUUACCUUAGCCGACGGAUGCUGUAUCAAACGAAGCACUAUUCUCAAAGCGGCUGUGAUAAAAGAGCAUGCGUGGCUCGAUGGAUGUAUCGUUGGUUGGAGAAGCGUUGUAGGUCGAUGGGUGCGAAUGGAGGGUACAACGGUGUUGGGAGAAGACGUGAUCGUGAAAGACGAGUUAUAUAUUAACGGCGGACAGGUCUUGCCGCACAAGAGCAUUUCUAGUUCCGUGCCGGAGCCGCAAAUCAUUAUGUGACCAAAAAUCGCAAUCUGUGCAAUAAUCGACCAAAAGAUGAAAGAUGGCUCGAAAAAAUUUUUCCAAAUUUUUACAAAACUGCAUAAUACACAAUUUCCUCUGUAUCCGUUUUUAUUAUUUUUAUAUACGCGUCGUUGGGACGUUAAGAUAUCUUCAUAUUAAAAUAGUACAAAAUACAGAUUUUACUCUACAAG